UCCUCCGCUCCCGACGCUGGAGCUUCCUCCUCCCCCUCUCUCUCCUCUCCAUCCCUCCCUCCCUCCUCCAGCACCGGCUGCCAUCCUCUCUCCCUCCAUCUGUGUCCGACUCCCACCCGCAGCCCUGCCGGGACCUCAAUGCCCGCAGCACCAUGAUGACAGGCAUCGCCGCCGCCUCCUUCUUCUCCAAUGCCUGCCGCUUCGGGGGCUGCGGGCUCCACUUCACCACCCUGGCCGAGCUAAUCGAGCACAUCGAGGAUAACCACAUCGACACAGAUCCCCGUGUGCUAGAAAAGCAAGAACUUCAACAACCUACAUAUGUGGCUUUGAGUUACAUCAAUAGAUUCAUGACCGAUGCUGCUCGACGUGAACAAGAAACACUUAAAAAGAAAAUCCAGCCCAAGCUAUCUCUGACAUUAUCAAGUUCCAUGUCCCGUGGGAAUGUCUCCACACCCCCUCGUCACGGCAGUGGCAGCCUCACACCUCCAGUAACUCCUCCCAUCACACCAUCCUCCUCAUUCCGGAGUAGCACCCCUACAGGAAGUGAAUAUGAUGAGGAAGAAGUAGACUAUGAAGAGUCUGACAGUGAUGAGUCGUGGACUACAGAGAGUGCCAUUAGCUCUGAGGCUAUCCUUAGCUCCAUGUGCAUGAAUGGUGGGGACGAAAAGCCAUUUGCCUGCCCCGUUCCUGGAUGUAAAAAGAGAUAUAAGAAUGUAAAUGGUAUUAAGUACCAUGCCAAGAACGGCCACAGAACACAAAUCCGAGUCCGUAAACCUUUCAAAUGCCGCUGUGGAAAGAGUUACAAAACCGCUCAGGGCCUUCGACAUCACACAAUCAAUUUUCACCCUCCUGUCUCUGCUGAGAUAAUCAGGAAGAUGCAGCAAUAAAAGCAGACGCUGUGCCAAGGAAACCUCACCAGCAGACGCUGAUUUUGAAAACAGCCACCCUUUGUUUUUAUUUUUUAUUAUUAUUAAUAUUAUUUUAUUUUUUUUUCCAUUGUAUUUCAGGGGAAGCACUCAAAUCCUAUGAAACCUGAGUUUCAGUGCAUGCUUUAAUCAAAGAAUUCCAUAUGGAAUGGUCUGUUUUUAGUCAUUAUUUUGUACAUUUGCACAUAUUAAUUACUCUUCCCAUUACUUUUAUAAGGUGCUAAAAACAUUAAAGAAAAAGGAAAAAAAAACACAAGGCAUAUGAUUUAUUAUGGAAGGGGAGGAUACAAAGAUUCCUUCUGCCUACACAAGAAGCAUUAACCCUUCUACUACCAGGAGUAAUUUAGAAAUCCACUGUGGCACUCCCAAGUUUACUACCGUACUUUUGAAAUGCAUGACCUAUUAUUUGGAUGUGAUUUUGUUUAGGGAAUGGGGAAAAAUCAUGAUACUGAAAUGUCUGCUUUCUUCUUUGCCUGAUAGCGGUUGUGGUGGGCAAACAGUAAGAGGAUUGUUAACCCUCUAGAGUGCCAGAGGGACCCCCAAUGCACGGCAGAGCAAUGGGUGGGGAAACCUUAAAACCACGCUGCUGCACAGGGAGACUGCAGAUGUUGAUUGUUGGUAGCAGACAGGCUUCGGAGGCAGAGGCCUCUGUCAUUAGUGUGCUGGAGUGCAGUUUUUUUAAAAUGUAUUUAUUUUUUAAAAUAUCCGAUCAUGCAUGUGUUUGAUUGGGAGCACAGAGCCUUAGCACCUUUUGAUUAACCCCGGCCGUGUUGUCACUGGCAUUUUGUAGCACAUGAAUCUCUUUCAUUCAUUGCGAGAGUCCGCCGACAGAAGGAGCGUUAUGUGCAUAUAAUACCAAAUUAGCACCACUCUCAGACUCGUUAACCUGCCUUACUUAAUAAACUCAGUAUGUUUGGUAACAGUUGCAUAGGUAACGGAAACUAUAAAUAAGAUUGUUUAACAUAUUAUAAUAAAAAUAUUUUCAUACUUAACAUACAUAUAAAAGGUUGUACUUGCUGUUUUUCCUAUUAUCUCACUUAUACUAUUUUUGUUACCAGCUAAAGUGCUAAAAUUCUUGUCUGCAACUAGCAAAAAAAAUAAACAAAAGCAAAAAAAAAAAAAAAAAAAAUUGACAAAGAAAAUAUCUUCAGUGUUACAGAAAGUUGGAGUUUUACAGAUGCGGACCGAGGUCUAGUUAAGGUUUGGGUUACAGCCAAUUUUAUUAUGUGGAUCAAGUUGCCAGUGUAAACGAUUUCUAAUGUUUCCCUCUCUUGUACAAGCAAUGAAAUGCAAUUUUCUUACUUUUCGCUUCCUUGCAGGUUUUACCAAUAUAGAAAAUACACUGUAUGUUAGCACAAAAUGUCAGACUUUUUUAUUUUUUUUAUUGAAUUCCAAGUCUCGUUGUUUAUUAAUCAGUGCCAAACUAAGUUUUUAUGCAUGGCCAGAUUUAUAUAUAUUUUUCAUUUCAUCAUUCACCAUUAAACGCAGUGUUCUCCUAAACUCCCAUCGUGGACAGCUAGAACUUAAGAAGUUGCCUAUUGCCACUAAUUAGGCGUCUCUUCUACUCCCCUCGCCCUAUUACAUCAGCCUUUUCUUCCCCAUAGUAACCUUGACAACCAACCUCCUUUAUAAUCACAAUGGUGGGCUGUUCCUGCCCAGUCAGUAGAACAAAAUGUUAACCCUGCGUUCAAUUCAUUGAAAUGGAUUGCAUUUUUAGGUUGGUCAAAUCACCAUUGUUGGGCAGGAUCUUAAAGCACAGACCAGCAAUGAGCUCCCAAUUUAAAUAUUUAAUUGAACCUCCCGUGAGUUUUCCAGAGUGAUUAAUUAUUUUUUUUACACUGGAAAUGUAUGAAUUUCAUCUUCAGUUUUAAUCCCUUGUUAACAGAAUGGUGAAAUAAGAAGCCCAGCGAAAAGAUGGUAACCUGGCAACCAUAAGUGCGUCUCACCGGGGCAUAUUAACAUAUUUCUAAAAUUAACGUGACUCCAUUCAGCAGAAAGCGUAAUUGACAUAAACUCUAAAAGCAAUGCUACUUUAUUUUAUUUUAUUAUUGAGACUUUGGGAUCACUCAUGUAAAGCAUCUAGAUGAUAAUUUCACAUUAGUUCAGAUGGUAUAAACCUGCAAUGUUGCCUUAAGUGUAAAUGUUAUUUUUGUUCUGUUGGUUUUAGCUUAAUUGUAAAAAUACAAAGCUCCUUCCUGGCAUGGAGCUUUUAACGCACUUUCUGGUUCUCUAUUGCCAACAAUAAAAGCUAAUGCUGUCUAAUGCCAAUAAAUACAAAUCCUGUAUUGAACAUGUGCAUAUAGGCUGCAUCCCAGAAUCCCCAGCACAUAGAAUGAAGGCACAGCAGUUGGAAGGGAAUUUAGAGUGUCUCUCCUUUGAUGUUCACAGUGGACUAUUUUAGUGUUGGUUUUUAAUUGUAUUUUCUUUCAUUCUGCCUUGUAAUUCUCGUUUCAUUCCGAAUGGAGUUAUCUGUUUAGCCUUAAAGCCCACUUUGGGCCCACUGACAAACCAUAUAAUUUAGACUGAGUGCUGUGUGCGGCAGGUGGUCAAAGUUAAGGAUCACCUGUCUUACAUUAACAUGUCUGGAUCCAACCUUGCACACUUAACAAAACAGAGCCACAGUUGCCUUUAAUAUUUUAGGAACAACAUUGGAAACCUUUCUAGAUAGCUAUCCCGUAUUAUGUAACAAACGGCAAUGUAAGCAAGAACACACAUUUAGAUGAUUUUGUGGACUGCAUAUAAGAUUACCCUUCAUGAUCGCAUUAGUAGGAAAGAAUAUCAAAUAUUCAUUUAGAUUAAACAUUUUAUGUUCCAUAGUUUUCUUUUCACACAUACGUACUGCAGCUGUUUAUCCAAAAACAGUCGUUUAAAAAUGGCCAAAACAUUCAAGCCUUUUCCAAUUUUGCUUCUUUCCUUUUGUGACUCCUAAAUAGUAUUCUGAAUUAUCCUUUUGAUUUGCACAGCCCUGCCUAUGAUCAGAUCACAGGUUGUUGUUUCGAAUAUUAUUAACAAGAAAUAGGUAUAUUAGGUGCUACAAUAUAUACUACACUCCCUUAAAUAUUACAAUUGUGCAGCACAAGACUGCAGUGUCCUUUCUCUUUACAAUGAUUAGGGUUUUUUGUUUUUUUAAAUAUAAAUUAUCCGAUCCAGUAAUUAUUAUUAUUAUUAUAAUUUAUACAGUGCCAACAUAUUCUGCCACGAUUUACAUUAUAGAAAGGGGGUAAUAAAAGGAGAAGCGAGCUCCCAAUCUAUGAGGAUUUAAGGUAGGUGGAUGGUUAGGUCUUUUACCCAAGGACACUUACUGGUGGGGUGAUCAGACCGGGGCUCAAACCUGAGUUUCCCAGUUCUAAGGCAGUGACUUACUAGUGCUCUAAAAUUAUAUUUUAUUCCAGAGCUAUAUUGCUCAUUUUCUACAUAAUACCCUAUUGCCCCAUUGCAGACACUGACUGGCAUUGUCAGCUAUUGCAAAGUUUUAUGUUGGCUAUUUCCAAUCUUUCUCGCGUAAGAAUUUCUGUAACAACUCCACUGCACUGUUUAUAGAAUUAAUUGUGAGUUUUUAACAUCACAAAAAUACAUAAUAUUGCACUUGUCCACACUAAAUCUAGCAAACUCAUUAUUUUGUAAAUGUCAUAGACGGUCGCAUUGUCGUAUUUACUACCCUGAUUACCAUAAUAAAGUUGUAUUUAUCCGAGAAACAUACAAAUGCAUAGGGCAACCAUUGCAAAACCUUUUAAUGGUUAACUGUUCUUAAUGUUUAUAUCUAUGUGUAAGCUGUGAAAACGUGACAUUAUUAGUUUGACGAAAACAAAUUUACAAAUAUUUAAAGAAAAAUGUGGAUUGCAGCACAAGUGAGUUGCCAAAUUAUGUUUGCCAGCUCUUAUGUACAGCACUGACGGCAAACCAUGUUCUUAUUUGCCUUAAUUUGUACAUCACUUCCCUUUAUACCUGAAUCUGAACAUAGCUGUCUGUUAUUGGACCAAGUUCGUACACCGAUAAGGAUAUGAUCACAUUUGAUAGUCAAAUAGUUUAAUUUAAAAAAAAAAAAGCAAACCGCAUUUAAGACUUUAAAAACCUAAGAAAAGAGUUAUGUGCACCUUAUCUAAAAUCCUUAUGCAUGUUGAAAUAAAUAGAGGUUUCGCAAUUCACCUUGCUUCUUACGGAAGAUGAAGGUAGCAAUGUUAAUUGUUCGUGUAGGACUCAUCUAAGAGGUUUGCCUUGAUGUGGCAGGUGGGCUAAUGGCUAGUGGAGUGAAACCAAACAAAUGUAUUUAAAUAUGCAUAAUGAUUUGGGGUAGUGCGUAGGUAACUCUUUUCUUGAAAUUUGUAUUGUAUGUAUUGGGACUGAUUUGUAUUAUGGUCAUUGCUGCUGCCCAGGAGUAGUGGGAGUUUGAGCGCAGGACUUAUUUUUGUGUAUUAGCAUUUAAGGCUUUGCCUUAAUAAGCAUUUCUUUUUCCAAGUUUCCAACUUUGCUUGAAGUUUGGUGUAAUAUCUAACAAAGCUCAAAUUGUAUAUAUUUUUCACAAGGCUGAUUUGAGAAUUCUAAUUGUUUUUUUUCUAAACCGAAUAAUCUGGUUGCCACAUGUAGGCUAAAAGCAGAGCCAUUGCUUACGUAGGGUGAUCCAGACAUGGAGAUGGGAUACCUAACAUUCAGCAAGCCCUAUUUGGCUAUUUGUGAUCCCCUGCUAAUUUGGCAGCACUGCAGAAACACUGUAUCUUUUUGGCGAUGUUCUUCAAAUUCCAGGCAGGAUGUUAGCUCAAUAGCUAAACAGUUGUAAAAAAAAAUGUCAUUGUGCAUGUAAAUUCUUUUCAACUAUAAAACUGAAACUCCAGUUACUAUUUACCUACUCAUUGUGACAGUAUUAUUAAACAUGUAAGGAUGGGACUAUUUUGUUAUAUUGUGUAUAGUAAAUGUAUUGUACUGUGUCUGUGCUUAAAUUAUAUUUUCUUAUGUUUUGUUGGGGAUGAAGUACAUUAAGUCUGAAGGUGACAGAGGUUUUAUGUUUUUGAAUGGAAGGUAACUUAAUGAAUCAAAACUCCUAUCAAAGCUGCUUAUAAAUGUAAAUCAAAGUGGAAAUAAACUGCCUCUGACAGA